GAGGCGACAACGCUACCGCAGCACCACUAUUCUUUAUUACCAGAUUAUGCCGAGAUCUCAGUUUUGGGGUUUUCUGAAACAAGACUAAUAUGGUCAACUACCCACACAGUCCAUAAGAACAGGAAUAAAAACAUUCAAAUGCUGCAGUCUGCUGUAAGAAAAAAAAAAACAACCACCUGUAGAUCAAACUCAAGUACUGGAUUAUACAGAUGUCAUGAGAAAGAAUGAAAGUGAAUGACGGCACCUUGUGCAAGCACUAGACAAGCUGACUGAGUACUAAACUCCAUCACCCAUAUUACAUCAAGAUAUGUCUUUACAACAUAUUGUGUCAAGAAGCACUUGCCUUGUGAAUCAGGCAAGUCCCAAGCAGCUUUUUUGUUGCAGUUUCAGGUUAUGGCAUGCCAAUGCUGCUGCUACCCAGGUGGAAGGAGAAAUAGAGAAGACACUGGCAGUGUUCAGGACAAGUGUACAUAACCCAGCAGACCAUCGAGAGCAUCAUGAAGGUCAACAUUAUAUGAUCACUCAACAGGACUUGAAAAACAUCUUCCCACAUGGAUUGCCAUACCGCUUUCAGCAGCAGAUGAAGACCUUCAAAGAGGCAAGCUUGAUGGUAAGGAAACCUGCAUUGGAGCUAAUAAGUUAUUUGAAACAGGCCAACUAUUCGCACCCUGCUAUCCGGUAUGUCAUCUAUGGGCAAAGAGGCACAGGCAAGACUCUGACUUUAUGCCAUGCGUUACAUUACUGUGCCAGUCAGGGUUGGCUGAUAGUGCAUAUUCCUGAUGCACAUUUGUGGGUGAAGAACUGCAAAGAACUAAUGCAGUCCUCUUACAAUCAAGCUCGCUUUGACCAGCCUGUUGAAGCAUCUAUAUGGUUAAGAAAUUUCAAGAUUACAAAUGAAAAGUUUCUGAAGCAGGUUACAACUCAGCAGAAAUAUGUCUGGAGUAAACGUGAAGUUACAGAAGAGGGGAGACCCCUUGGAGAAGUGGUAGAUCAGGGUUUAACCAGAAUAAAAAAUGCCAGUGAUGUUGUUGGUGUUAUCCUAAAAGAACUGAAGAGGCAGUGUACACCUGAUUCAUACAAGUUGUUGGUAGCUGUGGAUGGAGUAAAUGCUCUUUGGGGAAGAACAGCAAUCAAGAAGGAAGACAAAAGUCCGGUCCAACAGGAGGAGCUGACACUACUUCAUAAUCUGAGGAAACUGUUGAAAAAUGAUUGGCCUGGUGGUGCCAUUAUAACUACUGUAAACAAAACUGGUUCUGUCUUUAAACCUCGUAAUGCAUAUCUACCCCAAGAGCUUCUUGGAAAGGAGGGCUUUGAUGCCAUGGAUCCAUUUGUUCCCAUCCUAGUUGCAAACUAUACUGAAAAAGAAUUUGAAAGCUGCUAUCAGUACUAUCUUGACCGGAACUGGAUUCAGCUCGAGAAAGCUCGUACAGAAGAAGGAAAGCGUGAAUUAAUUUUUCUUAGCAACUAUAAUCCAGGGGAAAUGGAGAAAAUAUGUGCUUACCUGUGACAAACACCCAUUGAGGAGACUAAACAGGUCAUUUUGUUGCCUCUAAAAACUUCAGUCAUAGAAGUACAGUUUCUUCAGAAAGUUGCCAUUUCUGCACAUUCCUUGAUAGUAUACUAGUCGAGGAGAAUAAAAAGAACCUUCUUGACGCUCAGAACCAAGUAAUGUACCUCAGAAGUUCUGAUAAAGACUGUUGAGCUGUAUUUGCAAAAUGUUUCAAAGUAUAAACAUUUCUUAUUGGUUAAUGCAAGUACAUUGUUAAAUGUGUGCUUAAAUAUGUUUCUGGUUAUGUACACAUUUAUUAAAGAUACCUUGUUACUAUCUAAUUAGCUGUUUUUCAAUUUUCCUUUCACAUUAUACAUAUUUAAAUAAAGAUUUUCUAAAAGUU